CGCCGCGCCCCCUGGCGGAAGACUCCGUCUGUGUGUCACUCCCGUGCUGUGGUGCUGCUCGCAGACGCGCGUCAGUCUGUGCGUCACUCACGACAUGCGGAUCUUCGCUCUCGCGUCCCUUUCCGUGACGGUCUGUUCCGCCGGUGUCGGUGAGCGCGAUGCGGACGCGCCCUCGGCUUGAGAUCGAAGCGGCUCAGCUCCAUAACGCGCCGAGGAAAUGCUUCUGUCGAUGCCGCACACGCGAUGCGCGGUCUGUGUAAGAUGAUCCGCGAAGACAGUCAUCCGAUCCGCUGCUCUGCUCUGCUCUGCUCUGCUCUGCCUGUUCAUCAACCAACUAGCUGAAAGCUAUAGCUGGCACAGAUUACCUGCUUAGUUAGAAAGUCAUGUAGUGGAUCGAGCAGGGUUUCUUCGAACAGCGAUACAGCAGGCUGUGUAAGCUGGCGUGUGAGUACUGGAGUUUCUCCAUUACAGAGUUUUUAGUGAAGAGCUGUCAUGCUCUGUGAGCCUACAGGCAUCUGAAGUUGCAAAAUUGCCAAUGUUGAAGAAUAUGAAUCAUUAAAGCGGAAUUAAUCACCUCUGGGCAGUGCUACAUGCAGAAGGAUGGGUUUGCUUCAUCAGGUCGUGAGCCAUCGGAAAUGAAAGACUGUGUAAUGUCACCUGUCUGCUUUAUGGACGCAUUCCACAUCGUACUCUGGAGACUUUGACCCUAAAAGUGCCUGAGAAAGCUGCCUGUUGGGGUGUCCAUUUCCUUUCCUUCCUAAAAACAAACCACAUUUUCAUUUUGUAAAAAUGGGCCCUUUUAUGUCUCCUUUCAAUAAUCUGCUAUGCAUGCUGUUGGGCAUCUCUUUCACUGUCUGGUUCACGCUGCUCUUGGUCUUCAUCAUCGUUCCCGCCAUUUUCGGUCUGUCUUUUGGUAUCCGCAGACUCUACAUGAAGACGUUGCUCAAGGUGUUUGAGUGGGCCACAGUGAGGAUGGAAAGAGGAGCCAAGGAGAAAAACCAUCUUUUGUACAAGCCUUACAGUCUUAAUAGCAUUAUUGCUAAAGAACCUACAUCACUUGAAGACGAGCUCAAAGAGAUUCGGCGGAACUGCAGCAGCCGAGAGUUGGAUGGCUCCGCCUCCACCACCACAAGCCCCUCCCCUUCCUCGUCAGAGUUUGAAAUGUCGGACACCUUCUACUUUUGCCGCCGUGGCAUUGAAAGCAUCGUAGAUGAUGAGGUUACCAAGUGUUUCACGGCAGAGGAGCUUGAGUCGUGGAACUUGCUGACCAGGAGCAACAAUAACUUCAAUCACAUUAGCACCAGUCUGACAGUGCUGUGGGGUCUCGGUGUUGUCAUCCGUUAUGGGUUCCUGCUGCCCCUCAGGUGAGGAAGUUCGUUGCUAA